AUGAGAGGAGAGUGGAAUGGCUUGCACCCUUCAAUUUGUAAUGAAUGUCCAUAUGCAUAUUACAUCCAUUGUUUAGCCCAUCGCCUCCAACUUGCUUUAGUUGCAGCUUCUCCAGAAGUAAGUCAAGUUCAUCAAUUUUUCUCUACCUUGGUUUUCAUUAUCAAUAUUGUAACUACAUCUUCCAAGCGUAAUGAUGAAUUAAAGGAGGCUCAAUCUGUUGAACUUGCUACUAAGAUUGAAAAUGAUGAAAUCGAAUCAAGGGCAGGGCUAAAUCAAAUUGGCACCUUAAAGAGAGUUGGAGAUACUCGUUGGGGUUCUCAUUUGGAUUCUAUUUCUAGCUUACUCAAAAAUUUUAAUGCAACUUGUGUGGUUUUGAGUAAAAUUGCAAAAGAAAAAGUUUCAUAUUCUCAACGUGGAGAUGCAAAUUUUGCGUGCAAUCAAUUAUUAUCUUUUGAGUUUGUUUUCAUAUUACAUCUUAUGAAAGAGAUUUUGAAAAUUACUUGUAUUCUUUGUGUAGCCUUACAACAACAAUCACAAGAUAUUUUGAAUGCUAUGCAUAUUGUUGCAAGUACAAAAAUGCUACUUAAGAGCUUUCGAGAUUCAGGAUGGGAUUCUUUCCUCUUGAAGGUUACAUCAUUUUGUGAGCAACAUCAAAUUGAUAUCCCAUAUUUGGAUGCUCGAUAUGUUGCAAGGGGUGGAAGAUCUCGAAAUCAACAAGAUAAGAUUAGUGUUAUGCAUUAUUAUCGAGUUGAUAUCUUUAUUACUACACUUGACUAUCAGUUGGAAGAAUUAAACUCUAGAUUCAAUGAACAUUUAGUAGAGUUUCUUGUUCUUAGCACUGCUUUUGAUCCUAGAUAUGGAUUUAAAUUGUUCAAGAUUGAUGAUAUUUACAAACUUGCAGAGAAGUUCUAUCAUGAUGAUUUCUCAGAGCAAGAAGUAGUACGUCUAAGAAUUGAAUUUCAACUUUUCGUGCUUGACAUUCCAAAUCAUCCUAAAUUACAUAAUUUAUCUAGUAUUCAUGAAUUGUGUCAAGGCUUGGUGAAAACAAGGAAAGCAAUUAUGUAUCCUCUUAUUAACAGAUUACUUAGGCUUGUUCUUACUCUUCCUGUAUCAACAACAACUACAGAACGAGCAUUUUCUAUCAUGAAAAUCAUCAAGACAAAGCUCCGAAACAAGAUGGAAGAUAGUUUUUUGAAUGAUUGA